UCCGACGCGAUCCUUAUAACGGCGUCGCUGUAGGAUCGGAGGAGGUAUCGUCGUAAUUYYGUMUGUCCACUAUUAAGCUCACUCUCCUGACGACAGGCGCCAUUGUGUUGUUGCGUAUCGCGGUGCGCAGGCUUGUAGGUGGCAAGCGCACUGUGAUGCUUGACAUUGUGAUACGCGUGGCCGUGGAAGCUGUUCUUGCAUGCUGGGCAUGCUGAGGGCAUCGAGCUGGGUCAUUGAAACCAAGAAGAAGGAGCGGACGGUUGCUUGGAGCAUUGGGGUAGGAGGGAUCAUACUCUUGUUAUCCCUAUUAGGACCCAUGUACGGCCGCAAUAGGAGCGGGCGAGGUGCGUCGCGGAAGGGGCGUUGGUCGAAUUAUGGACGUUAUUGGUCCAAUAUGAGUGGGAGUGGCGGUCAGAAUGGGCAGUUUAACCCGCCACCGCCUGGGGUGUAUGGGCCAUCGGGCCAAAAUCCAAUGGUGAAUCAAGCUGGCAUGCCAGCCGGUAGCAGCAGUGCCUCUGGAAGUGGCAGUGCAUAUCAGAUCAUCGGGAAUUCUGGUGAAAACCAUGUUUCGCUGGCGAGAGCUGACGAUCGGAGUGAGGAAAUGAAGGCGUGGGUGUCCUCAACGCUUGGAGAAUCACUAAGGCAAAUCASUAAGAAGCUUGAAGCAAUAGAUGCUAAGGCCAGUGUUGCAGCGUCCGAAAAGGAAGAGCUUGUGAAGCUGCGUGCAGAGAAGGCGACACUUGAACAGGUUGUGCUGAACARGGUGAAGAAAUCAAGUAGUGAGAAAUGGAAAAGGGCGACUGCCGUACCCACUGCUCCUGUCGCGGCCACGCCAAAGUUGAGUGCUGCGAAGGUGCGAUCACGGGGCAGCUCAAAAUCAAGGUCACGACGAGUUGAGAUCUCAUCGGAUGAAGAUAGGGAUGAUGGCGUGAAACAGAACUUGGCGCCGAAAAUGGAAAAGAGCAGCGAUAUCUUUGAGGUGAAGAAGCUGCUGACUGAGCUGGUGCAAGGAUUGGUAGUGCAAAAAGGCAAGCAGCAGGAAAGUACUCCUGAGAAGGCGCAUGUGCCUGAGUGCGAGGAUGAUGAGGCUGAUGACUUGGAACUCACGCAGAAACCCAUCAGUGCGGAAGAAGAUGAAGCCGAUGAAGAUGGACUUGCGGCCUAUAUGAAGAUGAGGCAGGAAUUUUACUUGUCACUGCACUUCUCUCGUGUACAAGAGCUAUGCAAGCAAAAGGGAGUCAGUUAUGUCCGCAAGGACCUUGGGUCGUGGGAGCUCGCGCGUCUCGACUUAUAGGAGUACGCUGAUCAGCUCAAGGACGGAGCUCCGGUAACCGCUGAAGCAUCAAAGAAUC